AUGUAUUCUUAUGAUGUAACUGAAAUCGAUUCUAGUUUCAGAUCUGGAAACAUUGCGUCAGUUGUUGUUGAUGACGAUAAUAAUAGAAGUGGAGGUCGUGGAGGUGGUGAAGGAGGAUAUCAAAUCUGUGUUUUAUUAGAAGAAGAUGAUGGUGGUGAUGGUGGUGGUGGUGAAGGAAGAUACCAUAUCUACAAUGAUGGUGGUGGCGACGGCGAUGAAGGAGUGGCGGCAACAACAACAAUGGUGGUGCUGUGUGGCGGUGGUAGAAUAUUAUUGGUGAUUGUAUUUAGUAAGUGGUGGUGGUGGCGGAGUGGUGGUGAAAUGGUGCUGCUGGUGGAUGUGAAAUAAUAGAAAAAUCUAUUUUUUAAUGGAUAAGAUUUUUAAAUGGAAAAUAAUAUUGUAAGUGAGGGUAUUAAGGUAAUCUAUUUUUUAAUGGAUAAGGUAUUUAAAUGAUAGGGGUAUUUAUAUUGUUGUAUAAGGGUAUAUUUAUUGGGUGUCAAAACUAGGUAUUUAAUAAAUUUACCCUAUUUUUU